AUGCGGCUCUCUAUGCACUCCAAAAGACACCUGAGUAUCCUUCUUGCUGCUAUGACGCAUCUAGCAUCCGCGACUCCCAAUCUGAACUAUGCUUGUGAUAUUCACUGGCCGUGGAAGCUUCGGGAUGAGGAUGUUAUUGUGGACGGUGCACUCAGGUGGUCUGACGGCAGGCUGGUUGUACCCACGGCCCCGGGCUUAGGGAUCACGUAUUAA